CCGGGGUGGGGAAGAGAGCCCCUGAAGGAGGGCGCUGAAAUGGGGGGCACCAGGCAGAAGCCCGACGACAGGUAUUUAGGACCUGGAGGAGCCGGGAGACCCGGGAGCCGGAGGUCUGGCCGGCAGCUUUCUCCCUUUGCUCCUCCGGCUCGGGGCCUAGGAGACCGCAAGCCACCCCCGAGGAAUGCGCGUGCAGCCGUUCCCAUGGUAACGUGAAAGCCGCGCCCGCCCGCCGCAGAGGAAGAGGGAGGUUGUUGUGGGGUGGGGGGGGCUUGGUCCCCGGGAGGUCCAAACUCGUCAUGCGGUGGUUGCAAAAGCGAGCCGAGGAGGUCCCCUUCCUCUCCCCCGUGCCCCAAAUCCUCUGGGAGCUAGAGCGCACGUCGUCGCAUGAGCCUCAGUUUCCGCGUCUGUCAAAUGGAGGCAAUGUUAUUGGUUCCAAGUUCCCCGAAGAGCUAUCUCAAGCUUAACGAUCCCGGCCAGCCCCCUCUUUUGGUUGGCCAUCUGAGGAGUGGGCUUUAGAGGCCCGGAUGACUCCCGCGAUCCCACCCCACCCCCAGGCCCGCUCGCCAUGGCCCUCUUCGGGGCCCUGUUUCUAGCGCUGCUGGCAGGCGCUCAGGCCGAGAUCCCCGGCUGCAAGAUCCGCAUCACCUCCACGGCGCUUGAGCUAGGUAAGACGUGGGGGCGGGCCGGGGCGGCUGUGGGUGGAGUCGCACCGGCAGUGGGUGCAGGAGCUAAGGGUCUCACUGCUGCUUCAGUGAAGCAGGAGGGUUUGCGCUUUCUGGAGCAAGAGCUGGAGACCAUCACCAUUCCGGACCUGCGGGGCCGAGAGGGCCAGUUCUACUACAACAUCUCUGAGGUGAAGGUCAUGGAGCUGCAGCUGACAUCCUCUGAGCUCCAUUUCCAGCCAGAGCAGGAGCUGAUGCUACAGAUCAACAAUGGCUCCUUGGGGCUGCGCUUCCGGAGACAGCUCCUCUACUGGUUCUUCUACGAUGGGGGAUAUAUCAACGCCUCCGCCGAGGGUGUGUCCAUCCACACCGCUCUGCAGCUCUCCCGGGAUCCCACUGGCCGGAUGAAAGUGUCCAACGUCUCCUGCCAGGCCUCUGUCUCCAGAAUGCAUGCAGCCUUUGGGGGAACCUUCAAGAAGGUGUAUGAAUUCCUCUCCAUGUUCAUUACCUCAGGGAUGCGCUUCCUCCUCAACCAGCAGAUCUGCCCCGUGCUCUACCAUGCAGGGACCGUGCUUCUCAACUCCCUGCUGGACACCGUGCCUGUGCGCAGCGCUGUGGACGAGCUCGUUGGCAUUGACUACUCCCUCCUGAAGGAUCCCGUGGCCUCCGCCAGCAGUCUGGACAUGGAAUUCCGGGGGGCCUUCUUUCCCCUGGCCGACAGCAACUGGAGCCUGCGCAAUCGGGCGGUGGAGCCCCAGCUGCCCGAGGAAGAGCGGAUGGUAUAUGUGGCCUUCUCUGAGUUCUUCUUCGACUCUGCCAUGGAGAGCUACUUCCAGGCAGGGGCCCUGAAGCUGUCGCUGGUGGGGGCCAAGGUGCCCCAUGAUCUGGACAUGCUGCUGAGGGCCACCUACUUUGGGAACAUCGUCCUGCUGAGCCCGGCAGUGAUCGACUCUCCGCUGAAGCUGGAGCUGCGGGUCACGGCGCCACCACGCUGCACCAUCAAGCCCUCGGGCACCACCAUCUCUGUCACUGCCAGUGUCACCAUCGCCCUGGUCCCACCCAAUCAGCCCGAGGUCAAGCUUUCCAGCAUGACCAUGGAUGCCCGUCUCAGCGCCAAGAUGGCACUCCGGGGGAAGGUGCUGCGCACACAGCUGGACCUGCGCAGGUUCCGAAUCUACUCAAACCAGUCUGCGUUAGAGUCGCUGGCACUGAUCCCACUGCAGGCCCCUCUGAAGACCAUGCUGCAGAUUGGGGUUAUGCCCAUGCUCAAUGAGCGGACCUGGCGUGGGGUGCAGAUCCCACUCCCCGAGGGUAUUGACUUUGUGCGCGAGGUGGUGACAAACCACGCGGGUUUCCUCACCAUCGGGGCUGACCUCCACUUUGCCAAAGGGCUGCGAGAGGUGAUUGAGAAGAACCGGCCUGCCAACACCAGGAACCCCCAAGCACCCAGUGCCCCGCCACCCUCCAUGGCAGCUGUCUGAGUGCUCAACCCCGACCCUGGCAGCUGCAUUCAGGACUCCACCGUCUCUCAUCCCCUCCCUCACCCCGUCACAGCCUCUAGUGUCCUCUAACCCCCAGUGCCACAGAGAAGAUGGGGUUUUAAGCUGUACCCAAUUUAAUUCCAUAAUCACAGUCAAUCCAUCAAUUACAGUCCUUCCACCCUCCCCGUGGGCUGUCCUGA